CUGGCGCUGGCGCUGCUGGCUGGUAUCCACCGUACUGGGAAUAGUCCUGCGCCACAGACAUGUUGUUGAUGCCCUGGGUCACUUGAUCGACCCCAAAUUGGACCAGUGGCGACACGGCGGCUGGCGAAAAGUACGCAGGACCCGCGCCAGCGGUCGCGGGGUGUUGCGCGCUGACGGGCGAUGCACCCGGCGCUGGGCCACCGCCCAUCUGGUACUGCGCCGGGGCGUACACUCUUCUUUUGCCCGAGCGGGCUUGGGCCUGUGCUGGAGUUUCUGACAUGGAGAGUGGUGUGUCAGGAGCAAUUGGGUUGUGGGGGAAAAAGAGGUGGGCGCUUAAAAAGCGGCGUGUCUUGUUCUGAACAGCUCAUGCGUUGGAGAUCGAGAUUCCGCGCACGACCACCUGGACCGAGGAGUGAGUGGCGGUGCAGGCUAAAUGGAAUGUGUGGGGCUGAUGUGGCGCAUGAGACAUUGUUACCGGAAAAAACACGUAUAUGGCUCAGGCAUUGCGUGUGUGGCUACAGAUAUAACAUCCUACUCAUGUUUAUGAAUCACAGAUACGGGUAUGCCGUGGGCUACAUAUCACACGGCCACUUGAGUAUAUAGGAGCUCCAUACACAUACAAGUAUAUGUUUAAGCUUCAUGGCAUAAGUUGUAUAGCUGCUUGUUCUACUGUAUUUGGAUAUGAUUGAUAUUUCCAUUGCAUGUGCAGUAUUUACCACUAACUGUCUACACUGGAAUUGGUGAAACAGCAGCAGUUUUUCGG